UUGGGCAAUUAGAGACUCUACAGUUGCGUGUCUUCGUCACCACAUGUUGUCAUCAAUCUACAGGAAGUACCUUUAGAAAAUCAACAAGCAGAUGAAAAGUUCAUUAGGAUGGGUGUUCGUUUAGAAGUGUUUCGGAUGAUGCUGUAUUUGUCGUUUCCUGUAACAGUCUUUUGGAUCUCCAAUCAAGCAGAAUAUUUUGAGGAGUAUGUCAUUAAACGAAAGAGGGAGAUCUUUCCUCCAGAAGAGAAGCUGCAAAGGAAAGAACUUGAAGAUUUUAAGGAGAGAAUGAGGUUAAGAAGAGAGCAACAAUUGCUGAAGAAGCUGGAUACCCUAAAGGAAGAUUAAUGUGUUCUUGCGAACAUUUCUAGACCCUUGUACUUAAAUAAAAUUUUCUGGUUCCUUAAAUACCAUAUAUGCUGUUUUCAUACCUUGACAGUCUGGAUAUACAAGCAACUGAAAGUGCUGGUCUAGCAUUUGAGACUCCAGUCAUUUGAUGACUUUUUUGGAGGGUUUUAAUUUAUUGAAGGUAUUAUUUCACCAACUGUUACAAUAUAAAGCUGUUUAAAAUUAUUUAUAUUCUUUAUAUCUGAAUAAAGAAUGUUCCAUUAGUUGAGAUGUUCAUCAGAAAAAUGAAAAUGUACACAGUUCAGAAUAUUUUUUUUAAAUGCUUCUUUACAUGCCCCAGUGUAAGGCCCCAGUGGCCUAAUGGAUAAGACAUUGGCCUCCUAAGCCAGGGAUUGUGGGUUCAAGUCCCAUCCUGGAUGAUAUAAUCUUGAGUAUGGGGUCCUGGGUUCAAGACCUGUAAAGGCUAUUUAUUAUAAGUGGAUGGGAAAUGCACCCCGGGGAUCACUUCUGUGGCUCUGCUCGACAGGGGCACAGGAAAAUAACUUUCUUGGGUGGCGUAAGCCAGGGAACCUUGCUGGCUAGGCUUACUUAGGCCCUUGAGCCGAUAGCCUAGUACCUAUGCCAAAAUGUUUUGAUUGAAGUGUGAGCUGCACAUUUCUGCCUCACAUCAACUGGUUCUCCAGUUUCUUUCCAACUGACAUACAUGCCUUCUCUGUACAGUUUGCAUAUUCUCUGCAUCUUUAUGGGGGUUUUGCUAAGUGCUGCAUCCCAAAAAUGUGCUGUAGGUGAGUUUGUGAUCCCCCAAAUUGUCCAUAAGUUUGUGUCCCAUCAAGGAUUGACUUCUCUGUCUUGCAACAGGUGGAUGCCAGGAUAAGCUUCUCUCCCGCUAACUUGAGUUGAAUAAAGUAGAUAAUUAGAGAAUGAAUGGAAUUCCUGGGUGUUUAUCAGCUGCACGUGUUUUCUUUUUGAGAAGCGACUAGACUCCUCUUUGUUGUUUUGCUAAAGUAUCACAUUUGUACCAGCACUGUGGUGUUUGAAAUGAAGACAUCCCUAUUAUAGCUAAGUAGAUUUUUUUUGUACAAGUGCCUGCCACUUUGCACAUUCAUUGUAGUUCCAAUAAAUAAACAAGCCUUGCUUAAUAAAUAUUAUUUUGUGGCUGA